UAUCUUUUAUGAACCUAUCUUCUUUUCUCUUCAUCCUUACUAAUCUGUCAUUUUUGUUCUGAAUUUGAAUCCAAUCUUGGUCUUCUUCUCCUUAGAAAACCCUAGCUUAGGUCUGUUGUUGUUGCAUCGCUUGAAAGGAUGUCCAUGGCAGGGGUUCGAGUGACCAUGGAGGUCGGAAUAGAUGGCGUUGCUAUCAUCACCAUCUGUAAUCCCCCUGUCAAUUCUUUAGCCAUCCCAAUUAUCGCUGGGUUGAAAGAGAAAUUUGAGGAGGCGAUGAGGAGAGAUGAUGUUAAAGCUAUUGUCUUGACUGGCAAUGCUGGGAAAUUUUCUGGUGGCUUCGACAUCAAUGUUUUCCAAAACGUUCACAAGACUGGGAAUAUCUCUAUUCUACCGGAUGUAUCUAUUGAUCUUGUGGUUAACACAAUUGAAGAUGCCAAGAAGCCUGCGGUUGCUGCCAUAGAAGGACUUGCACUUGGAGGUGGCUUAGAGUUGACAAUGGGAUGCCACGCACGUAUUGCUGCACCGAAAGCUCAACUUGGCUUGCCAGAGCUGACACUUGGUGUUCUGCCUGGGUUUGGAGGAACACAGCGUCUUCCAAGGCUUGUAGGGUUGUCAAAGGCUGUUGAAAUGAUGCUGUUGUCUAAAUCAAUUACAUCUGAAGAAGGGAAGAAGCUAGGUCUUAUUGAUGCCUUGGUGUCUGCUGAAGAGUUGUUGAGAGUAUCUCGGCUGUGGGCUCUAGAUAUUGCGGAGAGACGCAAACCUUGGAUGCGUUCCCUUCACAGGACAGACAAGCUUAGUUCCUUGUCUGAAUCACGUGAGAUAUUGAAAUUCGCAAGACAACAAGCCAAACAGACUGCUCCAAAUAUGCCUCAGCACCAGGCAUGCAUUGAUGUGAUUGAGGAAGGCAUUGUUCAUGGAGGGUAUAAUGGGGUUUUGAAGGAGGCCAAAGUUUUUAAAGAGCUAGUCUUAUCUGAUACUUCAAGGGGCCUUGUUAAUGUUUUUUUUGCUCAACGUGCAACGUCAAAGGUACCAAAUGUUACUGAUAUAGGGCUCAAACCAAGGGCUGUAAAGAAAGUUGCUGUAAUUGGUGGGGGUUUAAUGGGCUCUGGCAUAACCACAGCUCUAAUCCUGAGCAACAUAUAUGUUGUUCUCAAGGAAAUUAAUUCUGAAUAUCUUCAGAGGGGAAUAAAAAUGGUAGAAGCAAAUGUCAGGGGCUUAGUAACAAGAAAAAAGUUGGCACAGGAUAAAGCAGAUAAAGCCAUUUCAAUGCUCAAAGGUGUAUUGGACUACUCAGAAUUUAGAGAUGUGGAUAUGGUUAUAGAGGCUGUCAUUGAAAAAGUUCCACUGAAACAAAAAAUAUUUAGUGAAAUUGAGAAGGCCUGCCCUCCCCAUUGCAUUUUGGCCACAAAUACUUCUACUAUUGACCUCAACGUAGUUGGAGAAAAGACCAGCUCUCAAGAUCGCAUUAUUGGGGCACAUUUUUUCAGUCCUGCUCAUGUGAUGCCUCUCCUGGAGAUUGUAAGGACGGAGAAGACUUCUGCCCAAACAAUUGUUGAUCUCAUGACAGUUGGGAAAAUCAUAAAGAAAGUUCCUGUUGUGGUGGGAAACUGCACUGGCUUUGCUGUCAAUCGAACCUUCUUCCCCUACACACAAAGCGCACAGCUUUUGGUCAAUCUAGGUGUGGACGUGUUCAGAAUUGACAGGCUGAUCACCAGUUUUGGUUUACCGAUGGGCCCAUUCCAGCUUCAGGACUUAGCUGGAUAUGGUGUAGCCCUUGCUGUUGGGAAAGAAUUUGCUGAUGCAUUUCCUGAUCGCACUUUCCGUUCUCCUUUGGUUCAACUUCUAGUGAACAACGGUCGAAAUGGUAAAAACAACGGAAAAGGGUACUACUUGUAUGAAAAGGGAAGCAAACCAAAACCAGAUCCUUCGGUGCUUCCAAUUAUUGAGGAGUGUAGAAGGAUUACCAAUAUUUUGCCUGGUGGAAAGCCUAUAUCUGUUACUGAUCAAGAAAUCGUGGAGAUGGUACUCUUUCCAGUGGUGAAUGAGGCUUGUCGUGUCAUGGAUGAAGGAGUUGUAGUUCGAGCAUCAGACCUCGACAUUGCAUCUGUUCUUGGAAUGAGUUUCCCUUCUUAUCGGGGUGGCAUCGUAUUUUGGGCUGAUACUGUCGGUCCUAACCAUAUAUACACAAGUCUCAAGAAGUGGUCAGAACUAUAUGGAAAAUUCUAUAAACCUUCGAGGUUUUUGGAAGAAAGAGCAACGAAAGGCAUACCACUGAGUGCACCUGCUUCAGCAUCUCCGGCUUCAAGAUCAAGGCUUUAGGCAAUAAUUCUAGGCCCGUCAAGACCUCAAGCAUAGUGGUUUUUGUUGAGAAUAUUUAUAGCUUAAUUGUGCUAAUAAUUUGCUGGCUUGGAAUUUCAUAAAAUUUUAAAUGAAUAAGUUUCACAAAAUGUGUAGUUCCCCAUCCUUGGCUAUUCUAUCCUCUGUAACCUAUUAUUAUUGAUGACUGAGUUAGACCUUCAAUUGAGUUGAGAGUCAUUUGUGUAAGUUAGUUUACUACUUCAAUUCAAUUAUAUAGUUACAAGGAGUUAGGAUUCUACAAAGUAUUUUAAAUGAGUAUGUUGUUGCUACUUUGGCAAAUGUCUGAA